ACGUAAACAUGAAGCUACCUUGACGCAGGCGAGGUGCAGCUUAAACUGGGGGAAUCGUGAUGUGUUAUUUUUAAUAGUAAGCGUUUUAAAGUUUUUAACCACUGCAAGCAAAAAGGGCAGAAGAACGCCGCCUGGCUCCGGUGGCAUGCUGGAUUUUGGUUAUGGUUUAACGUGCAUCAGCAACUGCUAAAAUAUCUCGCCAGCUAUCAAGGCUGCUGGCACGACUGGCAGACCAGAAGGACACCAUGGACCUAAUUGAGAGAAAGCCCAACAAGUGGUGGACAGAGACUGACACUUUCACCAUGCUGGCCUUGAUUGAGGAGUUGGACCUAGUGCAUGAACUUGACAAAAAACGCCAGCGUAACGAUUCACACUUCCGUCGCUUGCGCCACAGUCUAGCAAGGAGGGACAUCCAUUUUAGCGUGAACCAGAUUCGCAAUCGGUGGAAGAGUCUCAAACACAAAUACCGCAAGAUCAAGACUGCUGGAUAUCGCAGCCCAGCGGCCCGCCUCUCGGCCAUCGAGUCGUUCCGCUACUUCAAGAAGCUGGACCGCAUGCUGGCUCAGAGGCCCAGGGCGCCUGGUCAGGUGGAGGCCACUGCAACAAGUCAUAACCUGGUGGUGCUCUCCACCUCUGACAUGGAAGAUCACACUGACAGUGAUGUUCCACUGCCCUGUGCCACAACACAUUGGCAAACGGAAUUCCCUGGACCUGAAGGAGAUAGUGAGGGAAGUAAAGGACAGCCUGAUGAACCUGUUGACUUUAAACCACCCCACUGGGACAUUGGGACAGAGGAGGUGGUCACCUUGGGAUUGUCAGGGGAGUAUCUGUAUCCAGUGAAGACUGAGCCACAUCUGCUGUCGUCUUUAGGUGUAAUGGAAGGUGCUAGAGAUUCUUCAAGCUGCAGCCCAAAACACUUUUCAGGUGGGUUUGAAGAUACCAGCAGCCUGAUCCUCCAGCAGCUCACAAUUCUCAAUCACCAGCUUGGCGAGCAGCUAGCUGAACAAAAGGCUUUCCACUGUAGCAUGCUGGGCCUUAUGGAUCGGCAGAUCGAAGUCUUGCAACAGCUAUCAAAAUCUGCUAGGGAAGCUCCACCUGAGGAACUCGGUGAGCGAGAUGCUGUCAUCAACCAGCAGGUUAAUGACGCUCUAGUUCGCAUCCUUAGAGGUGUGGAGCAAGCCCACGUCCAGAGACUAGCAACAUGCCCAUCGAAACCUUCCGCCUCUGAACCAAACUCAUCUUGGACAGUCUCUCUUUUAGAGGUUCACCAGGGAUCUUCCACAACUGAAGAAAAUUCUCUCUCUGAAACCUUGGAUAGUAAGACAACAGCUGUGGGACAAUCUGAUCCCUCUGGUGCUUCUGAACAACUUCCCCCUUUAUCCCGAAGAGGUGUUUAGACAAAUGGGGUAUCAUUCAUGUCUCAGCACAAAUGAGGUUACCCAACAACUCAUUUAGUUUUUUUGUCCUUAGUAAUUAACUAUCCAUAUGUCAGUUGAAAGAGGGUUUAGUGUACGGGGUGUGAAAUGACUUGAUUUCCUGAGUUACGUAUUCAGUUCUUUGUUUUAAAUGAGCUGUUACUUUAAAAACAAGCGCAAUUCAAAUCAAGUUUAACUGAAAGUGUUAUUCAGCUUUCUGAAAAAAAUACUUUGAAUGCAUCAAUAUAACAGUGAUUGUAGUAAAGAUUUGUAGUAAAGUACGAUGAUGAAAAGUAUGAAGUUUGGGAAAGUUCAUUUGACAUCUUUUUCAGUACCUUUAAGGCAACUGAGGGCAUAAACUUCAGACAAAAGAAAAAAUGUUUGAGAUUCUUAAUCUGCCCAUUUGUAUCAUUAAAUAUAUGACCGUAUAGAACAUAGUUUCAAUUGUAAGAUAUACCCUUAGUUUUAGUGAGGAAAAAAUCUUUUGUAUUUUGAUUGUUUUGACUUUAGUUGUGUAACGUGAUGUUAAUAUAAAGUACAUCAUAUACUGAAUGUCAUUGAAAGGAAUAUAAUUUAAACUGUUACAUUACUUAUAAGUGAAAGUUAACAUUGAAUUCUAGUUUGCCUAAUAGAGCAUAUUUCUCCCAUAAGAACAUUGCAGUACACUGGUCUUAAAUGUUGAAAGCAGCAUGAAAAAAAUAUGCAUUUGUUGUCAGUAUUUAAUUUUCUCAGUUUAAUUGUACUUAUAAAUUAUUCCAAAGAUUACAGGACAAAUUUUGAUAUAUUUUUUUCCCCCUCCAUCUAGUCUGUGUACUAAGAAGUGAAGGAAAAAAUGUUUGCACUAUAGAAACACAAUGACACCUAAAAUUGGCAGGCAUGAUAUUAAAUAAAAUGAAAUAUUUUUGCGCUA